AUGCAUUCAAUCACUGAGACACGUCGUGCUACUGUUUCAUGUAAAAAUAUAUUUCCAUCAUCGGGUAAUGAUCGCUCUAUACCGAACUCGUCAUCUCGACGGCAUGGUAACAACAAUUCAAAUGUAAAACGAAACAAUAAUAAUAACAACACGUUUACACGAUCAUCAAAUAAUUCAACGCGAUCACAAAAAAAAUUCAAUUUAUGUGAUGAAAAUUUUUCUCAUCCGAAUUCCAAUGUCUUCCAUAUACCAUUUUCUAUUGAACAAACAAAUGAUAAUGAAAAGAAAAAUCUAUUUAAAAAAAAAAAUAUUAAUAAUAAAUCAUUUCGAACAUCGUUAAAUCCGCUUUCGCCUGCCUUCUAUUGUACUCGACAGACUUCAUUAUUGUUAGAAAAAAAACAAGAGUUGACAUCAAGUGAUGCUAAAGUUCCACUGUUAUCGGAAACAUCUGAUUACAGUAGUGGUACUGAUCUUGAGCUGCAAUCCAUGCAGUCUAUAUUGUCACCACAAGCAGAUUCAUCCCCAAUUACAUUCGAUUUUGAUGAGUCAUCAUUGUCAUAUUCAAUAGAAAAUAUCAAUAAUCCAACAUCAUCAUCAUCGCCGCGUCGUAUAUCAUUAUCAUCGUCGUCAUCGUUAUCUUCUUCGACAUCUCCAUGUUCAAGUAUUAGUAAUCUGUCGUCUUUAUCAUCUUCGUCUGAACUUCAAACGAAUUUCAAUAAUCAAACUCGUCUAUCAAAUAAAAAGAUUUUAUCAAUAAAUAAUAACACUAAUAAUACUAUUAGCGCAUCGCCUGAUUUGAUUAUUUGUCAUUGUGACAAAGAAAAUUUUUCUAAUCGUAAACGUAAUCGUUUUAAUUCGUAUCCUAUACGACGUUAUACACCACUGAAUCAUUGUGAAAAUUGUCAAUCUAAACGUAUUAAAUAUAAUUCACGUGCAAAAUAUUAUUCGAAUCGACAACAAAAACAUCGUUUUAAUAAUCGGUAUUACGACACGUCAUUACCAGCACCAGUUAGAUUCUCUGUUGAUUUAACUGGUCUCAAUGUAAAUAUUAGUGUAGACUAUCAUAAUAAUAUUAAAUGUACUUGUUCAACAACCGUAAUACCAAAUACAAAUCGUUGUAAAUGUUCAUCAAUGAACUAUUGGCCGUCCUAUUCUAUGAUGGAUUCAUUUAAUCAAUACACUAGCAAUGAUCUAUAUUAUGUUGAUGCAGAUAAUAUUAAUAACUUGUGGAUUGAACAAACAAAUCUAAUAUUUAAUUAUCCUGAUUCAUAUUUUACAAAAUUAAAUCACGAUAAUAAUGUAUCAUCGAUCUAUUUCGAUGAUAAUUCAAUUGUAGAGGCCGUUGAACAUUUUCCAUCGUAUUAUCUUCGAUCUAUUCAAUCGCCACCAACAAGAUCAUGGCUUCGUUUAGCAUCACCGAACGCAACGCAGUCAACAGCGAUCUUUACAGUUAUGAACUAUAAUAUACUUUGUGAUAAAUAUGCAACAAGACAUGUCUAUGGUUAUUGCCCAUCGUGGGCAUUAAAUUGGGAUUAUAGAAGAAAGCAGAUUCUGGAUGAAAUACGUUCAUAUUCAGCUGAUAUUAUUGCUCUACAGGAAAUCGAAACUGAUCAAUAUCAUUUAUACUUUCUACCUGAAUUACAAAAACUUGGUUAUGACGGUGUAUUUAGUCCGAAAUCACGGGCAAAAACGAUGUGUGAACAAGACCGUCGUUUUGUUGAUGGUUGUGCGAUAUUUUAUCGUCAAUCAAAAUUUCGUCUGGUCAAAGAUUAUCUUGUCGAAUUUAAUCAGUUAGCAAUGUUAGCUGCCAAUGGUCCAGCAUGUCAUGAUAUGAUGAAUCGCGUUAUGACUAAAGAUAAUAUUGGUCUUGUUGCACUGCUUGAAACAAAAGAAGAAAUCUAUUCUCAUUCAUUUUCCAAUGGUAUUCUACCGACUGAUCAUAAACAGAUGUUAUUUGUUUGUACAGCUCAUAUUCAUUGGGAUCCAGAGUAUUGCGAUGUAAAAGUAAUUCAAACAUUGAUGUUAUUAUCCGAAUUGAAAUCAAUUAUGGAAGAUGCUAUUCAAAAGCAUCGAAAAAUUUCCAAUUCAUUAAUCGAUUGUACGUCUGUACCAUUAGUGCUGUGCGGUGAUUUUAAUUCAUUACCUGACUCAGGUGUUAUUGAAUUUAUGCGCAAUGGAAAAAUUUCAAUGAAUCAUGCAGAUUUCAAAGAUCUUUCGUAUCAAUCGUAUUUACAAAAAAUUAGUCGUUUGGAUGCUAAUUCAACGCAAAGUACAGAUAUAAUACAUCAUUUUAAAUUACAAUCAGCAUACGAAACAACAUCAUCGCCUAUUAUGCCUUAUACAAAUUAUACAUAUGAUUUUAAAGGUAUUAUUGACUAUGUAUUUUUCUCAUCUCAACUAAUGCGUGUUCUCGGGGUAUUGGGGCCCCUCGAUCCUGAAUGGUUACAAACCAAUAAAAUUGUUGGUUGUCCACAUCCAAAUGUUCCAUCGGAUCAUUUUUCGCUACUGGUCGAAUUUGAACUUGAUCCAACAAUAUCUGAUAUACCAACAAAUAAUAAUAAUAAUAAUAAUAAUAAUAAUAAUAAUAACAACAACAACAACAACAACAACAACAACUCGAAAACAUCAACAACACUUAUUCCUACAAGAAAACAAUAA